AUGUGUGUGCCGCGUCUGUGGCGAGCCUCCUCCUCCUCCUCCGCCAGGCUCGCCGGCCGGCUGUGGGCGAGACGUCAACUCCUAAUAGAUUUAUACGGCCUCAUACAUCAAAAUUAUUACAAGUUAGUGUUGUUUGAGUGUUUAGCGGGAUCUCAGAUGGUUAUCGGUUCAUUAGUCACCGGCUCCGCUGCGAGGCCACUUCCUCUGAUCUUUGACUCGGACAAUUGCACGCAUCUGCCGCACCGACCGGCCACCUUCCCAAUUAUCACUGACCUCUCCUCUCUGACCGCGACGAUGAUGACAGACCUCAACUAUAGACCCACCUACACUGGUCAAGACGCCUCGCUCACCUACCUCGCUGUACGAUCCCGAGAGCCCUUACUGGUACGGCAUAAGGACAUUAAUAUGAUCCGUGUGACGGUAAAUGUAACAUUGUAA